AUGGCUUUCGUGCGCCUAUCUCACGGCGGUCUCGAAGCAAACUGGCUCUGGAGGACGACCAACCAAGAUGGAAAUAGAAAUGAGCAUGAGAGCGCAAAGGGAAACAAAUACUUGUUAGGAGUAGGGAAGGCGGACAUCACAGGUCCCGUAGUGGAAAUCAAUAUGAUGGGUUACGCAGACACGAAGCAAGUGGGUAGCGGCCUCCGUCAAAGACUUUAUUCGCGAGCUUUCAUUGUAGGAGAUGUUCGGCAUCCGGAAGAUAGAUUUGUCUAUCUUGUUCUGGACACGCAAUCUGGUGAUACAGCCGUUAGGUACGGGAUUCUUAAAGGUUUGGCCAGCUUGGGUUCCGAUUUUGCCGUCUAUGGACAGCACAAUGUUGCCGUAACUGGCACCCAUUCCCACUCUGGACCAGGAGCUUGGCUAAAUUAUCUUCUCCCACAAAUCACUAGUAAGGGAUUCGAUAAGCAAAGUUACCAGGCCAUUGUUGAUGGUGCGGUUCUGUCUAUUCAAAGAGCCCACACAAGCCUGCAGCCUGGCUACCUGACGGUCGGGUCUACCAAGGUCUUGGACGCAAAUAUCAACCGCAGCUUGUAUGCAUAUCUUGCAAACCCAGCUAAAGAAAGGAGCAAAUACAAUACAAGCACUGAAGAUGAUGGCUCAGUUGAGAAGACCUUGACUCUCCUCAAAUUCCAGCGUGCCUCUGAUCGCAAAAGUAUUGGGGUUUUGACGUGGUUCCCUACCCACGGAACGUCGAUGCUGGGCAAUAACACACUCAUCUCUGGGGAUAAUAAGGGGGUUGCAGCUGAUAUGUUUGAGAAAAGCUUCUCCAAGGAAGAUAGUGUGGCUGACGGUUUUGUGGCCGGCUUUUCACAAGCCAGUGUUGGGGAUACCAGUCCAAACGUGCUUGGGGCAUGGUGCGAGGAUGGAUCAGGCAAGCAGUGUAGUUUGGAGAACAGCACAUGCAGCGACGGCAAAAGCCAAUACUGCCAUGCUCGUGGCCCCUUCUUCCGAGUCCCUGACAAUGGCGCCUCCUCCUGCUAUGAGAUUGGGAAAAGGCAAUUCGAACCAGCCAGGAAGCUUUAUGACUCUCUUGACUCGGUUGGCACUCCUAUCGUGGGUCACACGGUGAAGUCAUUCCAUACCUUCCAGGAUAUGUCCAAUUUCAGCUUCCCUCUGGCCAACGGAAGCUAUGUGAAUACUUGCCCGGCCGCUUUAGGUUACUCCUUUGCUGCUGGCACAUCCGAUGGGCCCGGGGCUUUUGAUUUUACACAAAACAAUCCCAACACCCCAAAUGCUUCGCCCGUUUGGAGAGUGGUCUCUGGCUUCAUCAAAGAGCCGAGUGAGCACCAGAAGCGAUGCCACUUCCCUAAACCUAUCCUACUUGACGUUGGAGAAAUCACUACACCCUAUCUAUGGACUCCCAAUGUUGUCGAUGUGCAAGUCCUGCGAGCCGGACAACUGGUGAUAAUCGUCAGUCCUGGAGAAGCCACCACGAUGGCAGGACGCCGGUGGAAAGAGGCGAUUCACGACUCAGCUGCAUCUUCGGCAUUGUCUGGAUCGUCCAAAGUCGAUCCGAUCGUCGUUCUAGGAGGGCCUGCCAACAGCUAUACCCAUUAUAUCGCUACACCAGAGGAGUAUGGCAUCCAGAGAUACGAAGGGGCCUCUACACUUUACGGCCCAUACACCUUGAACGCUUAUAUCAACUUGACGCUCACAUAUCUUCACCAUCUCGGUGCAUCCUCAACAUCGAAACCUAUUCCUGGGCCACUUCCCCCUGACAACGUAAAUAAGUCACUUUCUUUCAUCACAGGGGUGGUUUUUGAUGGAACACCGAUGUUUAAGCACUUCGGCGAUGUGAAGGAAGAUGUGAAGCCAUCAUAUUCAAUUGGUUCAUUAGUCUCUGCUACCUUUGUCGGCGCAAAUCCUCGCAACUCUCUUCGUCUCGAGCAGACUUACGCCGCAGUCGAGAAGCUGGAUGCCGAGCACGGAAAGUGGUCGAGGGUCAGGGAUGAUGGUGAUUGGAGCUUGAUAUUCAAUUGGAAGAGAACCAGCGAGAUUAUAGGUACGAGUGAGGUGACUAUAGUCUGGGAGACUGAAGACUGGGUCGAGCCUGGUCAGUAUCGGGUGAAAUACUACGGAGAUUGGAAAGCUGUUGGUGGAGCAAUCACGAGUUUCGAAGGGAUAAGCGGGGAGUUCAGAGUAGCAUGA